AUGCUCCGCUCAGAUCCCCUCCCCCUCCUCUCAUCCGAGCUGCAGCCGCGUCAAAACGCAGACAAACACACGGCCGGAGAAGAGCUCCAGAGGAGAUGAAGAUGAGACAAAAAACGGCACAGACGCUUCUGUAAACCAUGAAAGAUUCAUCUGAGAGACAGAGAGACAGACAGCUAGAGGGAUAUGGCCCUCAUACACGUCUCUGCAGUGAGACAGCACAGCCUGCACUGAAGAACAUGCUGGAUAAGAGUGAAGUGUCCACGCUGGGCCUGCCGCCCUCCACGAGUCAUGGCGGUUCAGACGGGAACAUCAGUGUGGAGGCAGGGUCGGACGGGGCGGCCGGCGAGGUCCAGAGAACCCGAGUGGCACUGGAACACCUGCAGCAGAAGAUCCUGAAGAUCACGGAGCAGAUCCGUGUUGAACAGGAGGCACGUGAUGAUAACGUAGCUGAGUAUCUCAAACUGGCCCACAACGCCGACAAACAGCAGGCGUCCCGGAUCAAACAAGUGUUUGAGAAGAAGAACCAGAAGUCUGCGCAGACUAUUGCACACCUGCACAAAAAACUUGAGCACUACCACAAGAAACUCAAAGAAAUCGAGCAGAAUGGUCCAGCACGACAGCCCAAAGACGUCUUGCGGGACAUGCAACAGGGCCUUAAGGACGUUGGUGCAAACGUACGGGCGGGAAUCAGUGGUUUUGGAGGAGGCGUGGUGGAAGGGGUUAAGGGCGGUGUCUCUGCUCUCACGCACACCGCUGUCGUCUCAAAACCACGAGAAUUUGCAAGCCUCAUCCGCAACAAGUUCGGCAGCGCCGACAACAUAGCCCACCUAAAGGACCAUCUGGAGGACGGACACACAGAAGAGACGCCCAGAGCUCUGAGCGGCAGCGCCACGCUCGUCUCUAGCCCCAAAUACGGCAGCGAUGACGAAUGCUCCAGUGCAACUUCAGGGUCAGCAGCUGGUAGCAAUUCGGGCGGAGCAGGCGGGGCCAUGUCAGGGAUGGGGGCGACCAUGGGCAGCCCACGACUGGACGGACAUCAUCACCACCAUCACCACCAUCACUCAUCUUCUUCUUGGGAUGCUCUGCUGGAAGGUCUGCAGGAGAUCAAAGCCAGCCAGGUCCACAUGGAGGACGCCAUCGAGGACAUGAAGGCACAACUGCAAAGUGACUACACCUACAUGACCCAGUGUUUACAGGAGGAGAGAUACAGGUGUCUCUCUUCUGUCACACUCACACACAGGUACGAGCGUCUGGAGGAGCAACUGAAUGACCUGACGGAACUUCAUCAAAACGAGUUGAGCAACCUGAAGCAGGAACUAGCCAGCAUGGAGGAGAAGGUUGCUUACCAGUCGUACGAGAGAGCACGAGACAUACAGGAGGCAGUAGAGUCCUGUCUCACCCGCAUUACCAAACUGGAGUUGCAGCAGCAGCAGCAGCAAGUGGUUCAGCUGGAGGGUGUGGAGAACGCAAACGCCCGAGCUCUACUAGGAAAACUCAUCAACGUCAUUCUGGCCCUGAUGGCCGUGCUACUGGUGUUCGUUUCCACCAUGGCCAACUUCAUCACCCCGCUCAUGAAGACCCGUGCCCGUGUCGGAGCCACCCUCGCCCUGGCACUCUUUCUGGUCACUCUGUGGAAACACUGGGAUUGGUUGGAGAUUCUUCUACUGCCCAGCUGAGAGAACCAAUAGAAACACAUGCAUAGAACUACAGACGUCCCUGUCGUCACAAUGGAAGUGAGCGAGAGAUUGAAGAGUACAUUUAAAUGUUACAAACAUUUAAUCAUUGAUUCAACCUGAAGAUGGAGCUGUUAGAAUCACAGACCUAGGUUUCGCUACUCCUUAUGAAUGAGGGUCUCUUUCCUUUCUAAGAACAUUUAGCUCUUUAAUUACAUAAAUUAAUGAAUGUUUAACUGGUUCUUGGAGCAGAAACCAGAAAUGAUUUGGAGAGAAUGCUGAUGCAUGACUCCAUACUGACACACAAUCACAUCUCAGAUCCAGAAAUCACAACUGAAGGAAAGCUGACACCUAAACCGUCUCAGAAGAUAUGCUGCCUUGAUUGUGUUUAGUCUCAUUGUGUGCAAUUCAAUGUCUGUUACGUUUCUCAUUACCGAGGAUGAAACUACGUGAAUCAUUUUACUUUGUGUGCUGGAUUCGUAAUGUAAUCCAGAGUGAAACAGGAAACACAGAGGAUAAUGUGAAUGGUACAAAUUAAGAGUACCAAAAAGGAAAGUCCUUUAUAUUCCAAUGAAAGAUUUUAAAGACUUGUAAUAAUGUGAUUCAGUGAAUCAUGCAUAUAAAGAAGACCAGGAAUGUGUAGAAAGUAAACAGGAUCAAGUUUCAUUUCGUGUUGACUUUCAGUGAUAUUUACAGACAUGUCAUGUUUGUUGUCAAUAUAACCACAUUUGUCGUCAGAACAUUUUUGUAAACACAGUUAUGGUGUAAAGCACUCAAUCACACAAGCAUGAUCAUAUUUCUCAUCUUUCUACCCGUUUAUUAAAAUAAACCACAACAUUAUUCUUAAUAAACACAUUUGCAAAUA